AUGAAGCUUUCACUGGCUCGGAUUGCAACGAAGAUCAUCUCGAUAUGUAUGCUAAUCAGCUUAUCAUUAUACGCAGGGCAUACGAUCUAUCGAGGUAAUAUCAGUCGUAAUGCAAUAAUCAUCAUCGCGCUAAUGUUCACUCUAUUUGGCACACUAGCGAGUGGUGCAUUUUUUGAGCGUAAACGUUUACUGAUUCCGUUCAUUACCGUACAGGGUGCGUUCGUUUGCACACUCAUAAUCGCUUUCGGCUUUUUGAGUGCCACGCUGGUCAUGUGCUUCCUGAACAAGCAUUGCUUGCUGGACGCGAUAACGAAUGAAAGAGCGACUCGUAUGCCUUUAUUGACUCUAAUGGAUGUGCUAAUAGCGGCUUCGAUAGUAAUCAAUUACUUGGUGUUCUCAGUUGUUGUACGAUCGUAUUGUUUUUUGAAAGAUCGUGAACGAAUUAUGGCUACACCCAUAACAACACCCGGUUUUGAUGACAAUAAGAGGAGAAGAAGAAGUGAAUUUCUGCCCAGAAAAUAG